GCCGUUUCCGUUUACACGUAAACAUUAGGCUUCUGUUGAUUUUCGGCGAUUUUGAGCGUUUUUGGACAUAUGAACUCACAUUUCAAGUCCACAUGUAUAGAUAACAUACUACAGACCCAGUGACCCAAAUCGAACAAUGACUAACGUUUAUUCAUUUGACGGUCUCCUAGUGUUGGCACUACUCAUUAUAUGCACCUGUGCCUACAUGAAGAGAGUUCCUAAAUUGAAACAGUGGUUUUUAUCUGACAAGAAGGGCUUUAUGGGCGUCUUCUACAAAGCGGCAGUAAUUGGUACAAGGCUUCAUUUAGCGGUCGCUACGUCGUGCGUCAUCAUGGGAUUUUACAUCAUGUUUGUUAAGUAGGUCAAGAUUGACUUUGACUGUGAACUAUAUACUGGUGCUAAUCCAUUGGACUACCGGUAGCUACAAUAAACACUGUGUGGGAACGCUCAUAGAAAUAUUUGAAGACCGACAGCCUUGGAUGGUCACACUACAAUUAUGAUAAUGCUAAGUUCUUCCGCAAACAGUACACAAUCUUGUACUCAACAUUUUAUAAAUAUGUGAAUAUCAUUGUAUUUAUAAAUCUAUUUUUUUCUUGAGAUUUCUUCUUUUUUUGUACAAUUGUCAGAAUAGAACUUUUAGUUAUCUAUAUGUGAGACUAUUGUGAAUAGUGAAUAGGCUGUGUUUUCUGUCACCUGACAGUAGGCAGUGAUAUGAGGUAAUCAACCUUUUGCAAUCAAAAGUCAACUUUUGUGGUUUUUCACAAAAAAACCAACAUAAGUUUUUCUCAAACAUGAUAUGUGAUAUUUAUCGUAUCCCACGGUUCCCACCCAUUGAUUGGGCCAUGGAUGAUCUGAUGAUGCAUGGAAUUUAAAAUUGUGAUGUCAACACCAAAGAUGACAAAACAUGGCUCAUUUAAAAACUUGGCAAUAUUUUUUUUUAAAUAACUGUAUGAAAUAUGGUAAAUAUUAAUGUUUCUGUUAUAUACACUUAAUUUCAAACAUUCACCAUCCUUUUUAAUUCAUCAAACCUUAAUUAAUUCGUGUCCCGAUGAUUUAGUUGCUAAAUUCUCAUAAAACAGCGGCUUUUAGUAAAAAUCUUACCAAUGUGUGCCUUAAAAAAUGUCAUCUUCAUCAAAUCUGUUUUUUUCUAUUUAAUUUGAGGAUCAGAAGCAUCUUCAUGAGCAAAUCUUUUUUUAGCUCCGCUGUCGACUUUGUCGAGCGGAGCUUAUCAUAUGAGUGAUUGUCCGUCGCCGUUCGUGUCAAUGUUUUACUUUUUCGACUUAUUCUUGAAAACUACA